ACAUUUACCCAAAACAAUGAGAUGAACCCUAAAAAUAACCCAUUCCACAGCCCCUAUAACCCCUCUCCACCACAAACACCUUUCCCCUCAAUCUCCACCCCCAAAUUGCCCCUUCUUUCUCUCUAUUCUCUUCUUCCCCUAUCCCCCAAAAUUCUAACAUUCUGCUUCCUCUUUUUUCUUUCUUUCCAUCUUUCCCAUUCCCAUCUCUCUCUCUCUCUCCUUCCAACAAGAAGAAGAAGAGGUAGCAGAUCCCAUCAAUCCCUAUUCCCAUAAAAAAACGUAGGAAAUAAAUAAAUAAAAAUAAAAAUAAAAAUAAUGGGUAGUAUACUAAAAGUCCCUCCCAGCCUUCAUCAUUCCCAUCUAUUCUUCUUCUUGGCAAUUCUUAUUAUACUACUUGCAAGGAUCCAUCCAUGUAAUUCAAAGCUGACAUUGGACUAUUACCAGCAAACAUGUCCUAAGCUAGAGCAGAUCAUACAGGAAACGGUUAUGGAUAAGCAGAUCAAGAGCCCAACCACAGCUGCAGGCACCGUCCGCCUCUUCUUCCAUGACUGUUUCGUAGAAGGUUGCGAUGCUUCCGUCCUAGUCAGCUCCAACAACUUCAACAAAGCCGAGCGAGACGCUGACAUCAACCUCUCCCUCCCCGGCGAUGGCUUUGAUGUCAUCGUUCGAGCCAAGACCGCUAUCGAGCUCGCCUGCCCUGGCAUUGUCUCCUGCGCCGACAUCCUUUCCAUCGCCACCCGGGAUCUCAUCACCAUGGUCGGCGGACCCUACUACAAGGUCCGGCUCGGCCGCAAGGACGGGCUUGUAUCCAGCGCCUCCCACGUUGAAGGCAAUCUCCCCCGUCCCACCAUGACCAUGUCCCAGAUCAUCUCCAUCUUCCAGACCAAGGGUUUCACUAUCCGUGAGAUGGUCGCCCUCUCCGGCGCUCAUACCAUUGGUUUCUCCCACUGCACAGAAUUCGCAAGCAGGAUCUACAACUACGGCGGUAAGGCUGGAGCUCACGACCCGUCGUUGGACCCAAGGUUCGCCCAGGGGCUGCAGAACGCGUGUACAACCUACCAAAAGGACCCGUCAAUGUCGGUCUUCAAUGACAUAAUCUCCCCAGGCAAAUUCGACAAUAUCUUCUUCCAGAACCUGCCCAAGGGGUUGGCGUUGCUCGCAUCGGAUCAGGGGUUGGUGGCAGAUGCGAGGACGAAGCCGUUUGUGGAAAUGUACGCUGCCAAUCAGACGGCAUUCUUCCAAGACUUUGCACAUGCGAUGGAGAAGCUGAGCAUCUAUGGCGUAAAGAUGGGGCGCAAAGGAGAGGUAAGGAGAAGGUGUGAUCAGUUCAAUUCUUUGACAGUAUAAUAUCAUACCAUUAGUAAUUUUAUUUUUAAAAGAGAACAAAGAAGAAGAAAAACAGAGAGAAGAAGAAGAAGAAGAAGAAGAAGAGAUGAUUGUAUUGGGAAAGAGAAAGAAAUGGGGAUUCUGAGAAAGGAAGUAGAAAGAAGGUAGUGAAGGAAAGAAGAAGGGAUUCCUUCUUUUCUUUUCUUUCUUCUUCCCCUUUUUCGUCUAUAUUUUGAUUGUUAUUGUUGUUGUUGUUAUUAUUAAUCUGGUGGUGGGGAUAUGUUUCUAUGGUGGCUUGGCUUGAUGGUAAUAUGUAUUUUCAUUUAUAAUGGAUGUAUUUGGGAUUUUUAUUUUUUUAAA